UUGCUGUGUUCGGACGUUUCGUUCAACUCCGCGCUCAGAAACUUUUAAAAAACCGCGUGUUUUGAUUUUUUUUCUUCGAAAAAAGGAAAAAAAAAGUUCUCGAAUUUCUCCGACAUCUACCGAACUAAAAACAUGAACGUGAUGAAGUCGUGCGUGCUGUGCCACAAACCUGCGGAACUGAUGUGCAGCCGCUGUUUCGCUUUUUACUGCACGAUGCAGUGCCAGAUCGAGGACUGGGAGAUUCACAAAAAGAGCUGCAUCGCCCUGCCGAAACUGGUCCCGAACGCGAGCUACCUGAGCGUGCUGGGCGUUUCGCGCACCGAGUCGAUAUCCGCCGCCGGCCUGGGUCGGAUGUGGCAAAACAACGCGCGGGCGUUAAAGCCCCUCCGGAAGCCGAACAUUCCGCUGGGGACGAUCGAGGUGUCGCUGGACCGGGAGGCUACGGCGAAGCUUACGGAACCGGAGGCGGAGCCGGUCUCGAAGGAGAUUACCGUAACGACGGCGUCGACUAGUUCCGUGGCCGAUUCUGUCGAGCGGGUGGCCAAGAUGAAGCUGCAGGAGGUCGAGAAGCAGCAGCAGGUUGAAGUUAACGGGAGCGGGGUCAAGCCGCAAUCGUUGGCCAAGCUGAAGAUUGACAUCAUCAAGAAUCACCAGGUGAACAAGGGGAAGGUUGGGCCGGUUGUUGCGGCGGCGGCUGCGCCGGAAGUGAAGGUUGCGCCGCAACAACCAAAGCCGUGGCUGUUGCACUUUCCGAUCGAGAAGCCCGUCGGGGAGCCGUUCGAGGUGAUCGUUCAGUGUCUGGUUGGGUCGAACCGGGCCUGGGUCAUGCUGGCCAGUUACGAGGCGGAUAGCGACAAGCUGUUGAACGACAUCAACCAGCAGCUGGGCACGGCCGGCGAACCGGUCAAGUAUGAUGAGGUUCAGGUCGAAGGUAUCUACGCGGCGCCGUACGAGAACUGUUUCUACCGGGUUGUGGUGCUGGAAAAAACCGUCCCGUCGAAGGGUUUGCUCAAGGUUCGCCUGAUCGAUUACGGCAACGAGUUGGUCAUUCCGUCGACGGAGUUGCGACCGCCGCUGCUGUUGAUGAAGAAUCUGCGCGCGUUCGCGUUUCAGGUGGAGAUCGUCAAUUUGAGCCAUCCGCUGGAGGUCAACGAGCGCAUCCGGAUUCGGAUGAAGGACGCGGCGGAGGUUGAUGGCCGUAAGCUGGUGGAGAUCGUGCAGCCACCGGUGACGCCGUACUUGCUGGACAUGCUGGGCUCAGCCGAGGACAAUUUCGGCGAGGGGGGAAUUAUUGCGAUUCUGUCGUCGCGCACGGCCUUGGUCAUGGUGACCAGUGCGGUGGUGAAGCCGACCAUGAAGGUGCUGUACAAUCAGCUGCCGGAGUUGGCUCCGAAGCAGUUCUUGCCGUUGGCCGAUAAGCUUAAGAUUGGCGAUCUGGUUUGUAUCGAGACCGCGGACGACGGUUGGUCCCGGGGGCUGGUCGUGGAGCAACACGACAAAAACUGGUUGUUUUACACGGUGGACAACGGAACGGUCGAGCUGAUCUCGGACGAGAAGCAGAUCCGAGCGCUACCGGAGGAAUACAAACAGAAGCCGUACCUCGUUUUGCAGAUGGACCUCUCGCGGGUCAUCAUGAAGGAGCUCGAGUUCAAGCAGCGGUGCUACCUGCCAAGCUUUGCCUUCGGCUUUGAGCGACUUGCCUACGAUCAGCAGACACGCACCAUGAAGGCCACCCUCAAGGACGUCGAGGGAAAGCGCCAGCUUGCCGAGGUCACCUUCCGCAACUUUGUCUGCGACCUCAAGCAGGUCGACAUCAACUACUGGCCGCACAUCCCGCAGGACAAAAGCAUCGUCCGGAUUACGUCCGUUCUGGACGCGUCCACGGUGAUCGUGUGCCCCAAAGACAAGAUCAACGUGUACACCGAGCUGCUGCAGACGAUUCUUCCCGUGUUGAAGCAGCUUACGGCACCGCCCAAGCCCAACGAUGUCAUUGUUGGCGUUGAUGAACUCGCGAUGCCGUACCGGGCUCGAGUCUUGAAGGUCAUCUCCGCGAACGCCGUCGAAGUCCUCGAUCUGGACAACGGCUCCAUCAAGACGGUCCCCUCGGACAGGUUGUACGGCGCCAACGGGUUCAUCCGCAACCUGCCGGUCUACCCGAUGAAGGUCAAAAUCCGCGACCUGGAUCCGGCCGCCGUGAAGAACCCCGAACUGAUCAUCGAGCAGCUGCAAGACUUGCGGUCCGCCAAACGUCUCCUGAAGCAGCUGUUCGAGAGCAAGUCCUACAUGUACGACGGCGUCAAGCUGAUCGACCUAAACAUGAAUCGCUCGCUGGGGGCCCUGCUACUGGAGAACCACGACAAGAAGCUCAACGAGGCGGCCGAAGCCGAGCGAAAGAAGGCCGAAGCGGAAAAGCUCAAGCGCGAACAGGAGGAGGAAGCUGCACGGCAAGCCAAGGCCGAAGCUGAGCGUAAGAAGCGCGAUCAGGAAGCGGAAAUCGAACGCCAGAAGGCCGAGCAGGAACGCAUGGAAGCCGAGAAGCGAAAGUUGGCGGAGGAACAGGCCAAGGCUGCUGCUGUUGCGGCAGCCGCCUCAACCACCCCCACCAAGCUCACCUACAACGACCUCAAGCUGGUCAAACUGCCGGCGGGGACGCCGAACGUCAAGCUGUCCAUCCUGGACGACAGCGACGUGGGCCGCGGCAUCAUCACCGUGUGCGUGUUCGACGAGGAAAAUGCCGCCCACUACGACAAGCUGGACACGACGGUCAACAAGAUUGCGGCGACCAUCGGCGGCGACGGCUACGAUCCGGAGGUGGACGAGCUGUGCGUGGCGAUCUACGACGCGGACAAGCGCUGGUACCGGGCGCUCUGUCUGACGCCGCCGGACGGCGCCGGCGCCUUCAUGGUGCAGUUCGUCGACUACGGGAACGUGGCCACGGUGAAGCGGGCGGCGAUCCGCGCGAUGACGCCGGAGCUGAACUUUUCCUGUACGGCGCACACGUGCAAGCUGAAGGACCUGGAAAGCGCCAAGGGCAAGCUGGGCCAGCAUCAGCAGCAGCAGGGGUACGUCGUGGCGGCGGAGAUCGCGAUGGACGGGGAUGUUUAUCUGUUGAAGUUUUGAGGGGGGAGGAUAUUUUUUUUUUGUUACUGACUGAUAACGAUUCCUUUUGAGAAGGAAAAGAGUUUCUGAUGAUGUUUUUGUUUGAUAGAACAAAUAUGAUUUUUUUCACGUUUUUGACGGUUCGUAUGUAGUUGAAAUAAAGCCACCAUCCGCAAAA